AUGGAAUUUAUUUAUUUUAAAAUAUUUUUAACAAAAAUAAUAUUUUUUGUUUUAAUUAACUUAACAUUAGAACAAAAAGAAAUUAAUAAUAUAUCGACACCGUCCCCACCACCAUUUAACACAUUAAAUUCAUUACAAUUAAUAUCAAAAAAUCUUUCCCAAUGCCAUAUUUUGUUAGAAAAAAUUCCCGAGGAAUUAAAAGAAUAUAAUAAACAAUUGGAAUAUGCAUUGAAAUUGGCAAAUAAUAUUUCGAGUGAAGUUGGGGAAGUUUUGCUGAUAAAUGAAGAAAAAGAACUUCCUGGUCAAUUACAAGACCACCAUCGGGAAUGGACAAUAAAUGGGGAUAUUGAAAUUGAAAAUGAACCAGAAAUUCUGAAAGGCAAUAAUGACGGCAUAAAAAUCUUAAAAAAUAAUUUUUUUGAAUUAAACAAAACAGAAUUGUUAACUCUGGAAAAUAUUGAUAAAUAUUUGGAAAGACAGCUUAGACAAGCAAAAAAUAAGUAUAUAAAAAUAUUUGAAAUAAAUAACUAA